AUGGUCAGUACUGCAAUACUCCCAGUUUUCAGACUUGCUGAACUUGUUGGUAAGUAUACAUCCCGUUUGAAACAACUUGGCAAAAACACACCUGCACGCAUUCUUACUACACAUCUAAAAGACUGCAUUCUUUCCAAAAUUUCAGCUCUUGAAGAACACAAGCAAGGACGUGAUGUCUUUUCUUUGGUCUUCACAAAUGAUCUUGCCGAUGUGCUACAGAACGCUCGCAAGGAAGACAGUGCUGAAGAAGUGAUGCACCUUGCCAAAGCCGCAAGCAUAGUGCGCAAAGAACACAUAAAUACAAAUUUGACAGAUCUUUUGAAGCGAAUUGCUAGGUGA